CCUCGCCCCUCUCCCCUCCUCCAGGGUUUCUUCAGGCGCAGUCAGCAGUCCAGCGUCUCGUACUCCUGCUCCCGGCAGAAGAGCUGCGUGAUCGACCGGAGCAGCCGAAACCGUUGCCAGCACUGCCGGCUGCAGAAGUGUGUGGCAUCUGGGAUGUCCCGGGACGCGGUGAAGUUUGGACGCAUGUCUAAGCGUCAGCGCGAGAGCCUGUUUGCGGAGGUGGAGCGAGUCAAACAGCAGCAGCAGACCCUGCGGCAGGAGCACCACAGCCCAGGGGAGGCAGACGCCCUCGUCACCUUCCCCAGCAAAGACCCCCGCAACGGGCAGUGCCGGCUGGGCAAGCCCGAGGAUCCGGCCUACCCCUUCGGCAAACCCUCCCAGACGGAGCCCGAGCCAAACCCCAGCGAGGAGGAAGAGGAGGGGAAGGGGAAGGGGAGGGGGGCGGAUGCGGGGAGCAGGUUUCACUCCCUCGAAUCCAGGCAGCCGUCUCCAGACCAGUCUUAUCUUGAGACCAGGCGCUUCCAGCCGGCCGGGGAAAUCAACAGCAUGGCGGACUUUUUCAGCUUCUUCUCCAGCAACAUUGAUGCGCCCUCCUCGACCGCGCACGAGAUCGACUCUCUGACUGCCAACAUCGUGAAGUCUCACAGGGAGACGUGCCAGCACAGAGUGGAGGAUCUGGUGGCCCUGCGCUGGAGACUGUUCAGCAGGGAGGAGGUGUUGGCUUACCAGCGCAAGUCGGUGGAGGAGAUGUGGCAGCGCUGUGCUUGUUGGCUCACAGACAGCAUCCAGUACGUGGUGGAGUUCGCUAAGAGGAUUCAGGGAUUCCUGGAGCUGAGUCAGAAUGACCAGAUAGUGCUGCUGAAAGGAGGUUCUCUGGAGGUGGUUCUCGUGCGGAUGUGUCGCUCGUUUAACCCUGAGAACGGGACCUUGUUCUUCGAGGGAAAAUACGCUGGGACAGAGGUCUUCAGAUCACUGGGCUGCAAUGAUCUCAUUGCCUCGAUCUUCGAGUUCUCUCAGAGUCUGUGCGCUCUGCACCUGUCUGAACAGGAGGUGGCGCUGUUCACCGCCGUGGUGCUGCUCAACUCAGAGCGUGCAUGGCUGCAGGAGAAGGAGAAGGUGGCGCGGCUGCACAGUCACGUGGACGCGGCCUUCAAGAGCACGCUGCAGAGGAGCCACAGGGAGACCGUGCUGAGCAAGCUCUCUCAGAAGACACUCCAGUUGAAGUCUCUGUGCUCGCUGCAUGUCGACAGGCUCCACUCGUUCCUGCAGCUCCACCCCCUGCUCGCUCACUCGCUGUUCCCCCCCCUCUACCACGAGCUGUUCACCGACAGCCCCGACGGCCCCCUGGAGUGAGGGAGGGAGGGACACAGGACCACGCGCUCCACCUGGAGCUGAAACACAGGGCUGAUGAGAACCCGGACAGCACUGGACUCUGAGCCCACUGUACCACCACACUGCUGACUGACAGCUCACCUUUCCACAGCUCUGCUCCUGCUGGACGCUGGAGGAGCACAUUCACUGUUUCAACACAGGGCUCUAUGACUCACUAUUUCAAACGAUUUCAAAACUAAUUUCAAACAGUGUCAGGAUCUAAAGGGUUUGUUUGUUUGUUAAAACAAACUGUUUUAAUUUAAAAUUAAUGUAAGGUGGUCCUUAUGCAAGUUUGCCCAUGGUAAAAGCACAGUGAAAGCAUUGUAAACCACUGGGAGGUCUGGUAAAGCAUAGGGAAGCAUUGUAAAGCAC